AUGUCCGACCACGAUGACAACCACAUCAUCGACCACAAUGGCGGUCUCGUAGCCGCCCUGCGUUCCGUGUGGUUCUACUACAUAGCGUGCACACCAUGCAGGAAAGUCGGCCACCGUCGCGAGACCCGCAAAGAGGCCAAGCGAGAAAGGGGCCUGAAAGCGCGCUUGGAGAUGGAACAGCCCGGACUCUACAGACACCCGAACCCGGAAAACACGAAUGAGUACUGGAUGGAGGACAUCAGGAUGGGGCCCAGCCUGCCAAAAAGAGGCCCGAACAGCAAGAACCAGAGCCAAGGAAAGAUUAUCAGCGCCGGGCCCGCGGCUGCGACGGUGGACGGAUCCCAGUUGGAGCGAGGGCUCACCAACGGCAGCAAUGCGGCGUUUCCAAGCAACGAGACUGCCGGAAGCCCUACCGUGGUUGCUGCGGACGACCUCGAGGCGCGGACAACCCUGUCCAUGUCGGUGGCGGACUCGACAGAUCUGGAAUGGAACCACAAGAGAUACCAGAGAGAGGACGAGGAGCUGUGGGGCCACCAGAUGUACAACCGGGCCGGCCAGCGACUUCGCGAGGUCAUAACAAAGGGUCGUGAUACGGCAGGCAGGUUGUUUGAUACCAGGACAGGCCGAGAACGCGAGAUUACCGAGGAGGAGCGACAACAGUUCUACGGCGAGUACUACGGCGCACCGAGGAAUCCGCCCGUCAAUGAUUACCACCCACCUGUCGUCAGCAGCAGGCCCGCGCAGAAGGGAGAGUUCCAAUGGAUGCUGCAGCCCCCUCCUCCAGCCAAGGUCAUGGAGGGCAAGGUGCCCGUGAGCAGGAGCGGGUCCAAGACAAGCGUGAACAGCCGCAAGACGCAGGCUUCGCUUGCCAGCAAGGAGGAGCUCGGCCUCGGGCGCCUGGUCGGAGAGAAGCUCGUCAAGGAUAAGAUCCGCAAGGGAGAGAAACCCUCCGAGGCAGAGCUGACCGUCAUCACCGGACCAAGGCCUAACAGCCGUAGGACAAAGACGGCCUCUACGAUGAGCAGCAUUCCGAGCGAACGCUCCACCAGGAGCCGCAGCAACACCACAGGAUCUGAGUCUUCCGACACGAUAUACGAGCGCAGGAGGAAGAGGAGACUAGCGAAGCAGAAGGCCGCAGAGGAGGCUGGCUCAGAGGCUGACGAUGAGACCGACACCGAGGACCAAGCCCGGCCCGAACGACGCGCCUCUCAGAGGCCUAAGCUGCAGACUAUCGCCAGCUCUGACCUGGCUAGCAAGAAGUCUGGCAACACCGAGAACUUGUGCCCAUCCAAACUGGCCCCUAUGAGCGAGCCGGCUUUGUCCCCGAGCCCAAUGUCUAAGAGCCCAUUGAACGACAUCACCAACACCGCCAACCAAUCUCCCGCGCCUGUCUCACCCGCGGCAGAAACCAUACCCGACGGCAAGCCCGCCACCGCAUCGGCCGACAGUGGACUCGCAAUGGCUUAG